GGGAGUUAAAAGAGAAACGCCUUCAAAGAGUAGGGGAGAACUAAUCCUUCUUCGCCCUUUUUUUUUUUUGAGGUCUCGUUAGUUAUUAAGCUUGCUAUUAGCCAUGAAAGCUAAAUGGAACCUCCAUGUGUAGAGUUAGUAUACCGGUGAAUACGAGAUGUUGGAAUUGAAGAACGAGGGAAAGCUGCUACCUUCACGCCCUGGUUACAACCUUCCCCAGAGGCAUCUAGCUGAUCAGUGCUGGAUAGAGGAACUUGGUAUUAUUCAGCGGGGUGGAGGGCAAGAGAGGAGAGAGCAUUUGCCCCCCGCCCCGGAUUGAGCCAGUUCCCACUGGAUUCAAUGGGGGCUACUCCCAAGGAGGCGGGGUACAGAAUUGCUGGCUUCCCCCGCCCUGCCCCUGCAAAACCUCUUGCAGACGCCUUAAGUUCAUCAUCAUCCUUUUGAAGGCGGUUCUUCUGGUUCUCUCUCCCAUUCAGCUCCCCACCAGAGUUGCUACCUUUUUCUUAGCAAAGGCUGUGUGUGCUUUCACAGUUGGGUAAAAGGAAAGUGUGCCGCGCCGAGUCGGUGUCGACUCCCGGACGGUGGGCAGAGCAGAGGCUGUCGUUCACUGCCGUGGGAGAGUGGCGGAGCCAGAGCGCCGCCUGGUAGGGAGCGAGUUUGGCAAAAGGCUUGAAGGGGUAAUCAAGAGGCGGGAGACAGCCGAGUCUGGGGUUCACCCCGCCCUGGGGCUUUUUGGACUUUCACCUUGGCUGAUUUCCUAAACUGAACACGCCACUGCCCAAACGGAAAAGGGCUUGAACACUGUAAGAUCUGCUUGGUGCUAUUACAACUCCACGUCCCUUUGUAUGCGACUGUAUUUUCUUGGGAAACCGUAUCCUGUACCACUUGCUUUUGUUCCACCAGCAACAGCCUCUGGACCCAGACCAGCCAUGGCAGGAGCCACACAGAAGAAGAUCAUAGUGGUAUUUGGGGCCACAGGUGCCCAGGGAGGUUCAGUUGCUCAGGCCCUCCUGGAUGAUGAUUCCUUCAGUGUCCGUGCUGUGACCCGCAACCCUGCCCAUCCAGCAGCUAAGGCCCUCCUUAGUCGUGGAGCUGAGGUGGUGAAGGGAGAUCUAAAUAACUUAGAUUCACUGGAGCAGGCAAUGGAAGGAGCAUAUGGGGCCUUCGUGGUCACCACUUUCUCAGUGGAUUUCAACAAGGAGCAAGAGAGCCUUCAAUCAAAUAAUCUUGCAACCCCAAUGCCCUCCUUCGGGAAUUCUGAGUCACACACUUUGAAUCUGGUCAUCCUACAAGGUAAGAACACUGCUGAGGUCGCCAAAUGCCAGAAUUUGAAACAUGUCGUCUUUAGCGGAUUGGAUCAUGUGGAGAAGCUGACAGGUGGUCAGCUGAAAGUCCCAUUUUUUGACAGCAAGGGAGAAGCAGAGGCCCGAUACCGGGAACUCGGGGUGCCCUUUACGAGUGUUCGGCUGCCAUGCUACUACGAGAACUUUCUGAACUUCUACCCCCCACAGAGGAGGCCAGGGGAAGACGCUUACACCGUUGCAUUGCCCAUGGGUGAUACCCCCGUCCAUGCUAUGGCUGUGUCUGACCUGGGCAUUAUGGUGCUCAACAUCUUUAAAGCUCCCGAAGUCUACAUAGGGAAAGCCAUCCAUCUGUCUGUGGAGACGCUCACAGUCCAGGGAUUUGCUGAUGUUUUGUCGCAAUGCUUGGGGAAAAAAAUCCGGGAUGCUAAGAUCUCUACUGAAACCUUUGAACAACAGACUAGCAAGCCGGUUGCAGACAUGUUCCGCUAUCUCCAGAUCAAGACAAAUUUUGAUGAGGCUUUGACUCACCAACUGAACCCCAGAGCCAAGACCUUCCAACAGUGGGUGGAGGAGCAAAAGGAGAAAUUUCAAAAACUGAUAUAGCACAUAAGAAUACUUAACAGGGGAAAUUGUUCUCGAUGACUCACGCAAACAAGCCAUCUAGCAGAC